CCUAUUACCCUGGCCACAGCCUCAAGGAAAUCUGUUUUACAUUUGGCAACUUUCAUCAGGAAGCCUUUGCUAACUGAUGCAGCCGUAUUUCAUGCCUGCCCCAAAUCUACGUAUUCACCACUUCCUGAUGACUAUAACUGCAAAGUUGAACUUGCUAUGACAUCAGAUGGAAAGACAAUUGUUUGCUAUCACCCUUCAGUGGACAUUCCGUAUGAGCACACAAAACCCAUUCCACAACUAGACCCAGUGACCUAUAAAGAAGAAACACAUGAACAAGUCCUGAAAUCUAAAUUAGAAGAAACAGAAGUCUACAAGAAUGAGCCCACAAUUGAGACACUUAGUAAAAUGUUUUACACAACCAAACAUCGCUGGUAUCCUGUGGGACAGUAUCACACUAGACGCAAGAAAACUAAUACUCCCAAAGACCGAUGAAAUUACAUUUGUCUUUAUCAUCAUGGAAAACCACUUUCUAUAGAUGGAGGAUUCAUUUCUAACUAAAACCUUGUCAAUUUCUCUAGAUAAUUUAUAGAAUCUUGGGAUUCUGAUUUAUAAAAUCUAAGGAUAUGCAAAAGAAAAGUUAUAUUCCCAAAUAUUGCUAGUUUAGUUGAAUUGGUAUGUGAACCACCAGAGGGCACCACUGUACAAGAAUUCAGAUUUACUACACUUUGGGGAAGGGGGGAAUAUGUGGCUGUGGGCAUAUGAGAGUGCAUGUUAACAAUAUGCAGCCAAAACUAGAAAUAAAAACUAAAUAAUAAACUUUAUGAAAAGUA